UAUUCGCUUCUCUUCUUCUUCGCUUACACUCUGAAACGAAGGGCGACAAAAUCGAGCGGGAGUUCGCUUCGAUCAUCUCCUCUCCCUCUCCCUCUCCCUCUUCCUCUCCAUCGACACCUCUCUCCUGCUAGGGUUAGGGUUUCGAAGAAUCGGGAGCUAGGGUUUUGCGUUUACCCUCGCCCUUACCCCCACCAUACAUCGUCGGUGAUGUCGAUGCUGCGGCGGAGGAAGCCCUCGGAGGCCGAGAAGAAGCCCUCCGCCUCCUCCGACGCCGACGCCGACGCCGACGCCGAAUCCUCCAAGGGCAAGGCGAAGAAGUCGCCUUCUUCUUCUUCGUCGGCGGCGGCGGCGGCGGCGGCGGCGGCGGUGGGGGAGGGGGAGGGGGAGAGGAAGGGGAAGGGGGGGAGGUGGUCGUGCGUGGAUAGCUGCUGCUGGACGAUCGGGUGGAUAUGCUCGGCGUGGUGGAUCCUCAUCUUCCUCUACAACGCGAUGCCCCCCUCGAUCCCGCAGUACGUGGCGGAGGCGAUCGCGGGGCCGCCCCCGGACCCGCCCGGGGCGAGGCUCCGGAAGGAGGGGCUCGCGGCGAAGCACCCGGUGGUGUUCGUCCCCGGGAUCGUCACCGGGGGGCUCGAGCUCUGGGAGGGCCACCACUGCGCCGAGGGGCUCUUCCGCAAGCGCCUCUGGGGCGGAUCCUUCGGCGAGAUCUAUAAGAGACCUUUGUGCUGGGUUGACCAUAUGUCACUGGACAAUGAAACUGGAUUGGAUCCUCCUGGUAUAAGAGUUAGACCAGUCACAGGACUUGUCGCGGCGGACUAUUUUGCUCCUGGAUAUUUUGUCUGGGCAGUUUUAAUUGCUAAUUUGGCGAGCAUUGGUUAUGAAGAGAAGACAAUGUAUAUGGCUGCAUAUGAUUGGAGAAUAUCUUUUCAGAAUACCGAGAUCAGGGAUCAAACAUUAAGCGGAAUCAAAAGCAACAUAGAACUCAUGGUAUCUACAAAUGGUGGCAAUAAAGUGGUAGUAAUACCACAUUCCAUGGGAGUUCUAUACUUCUUGCAUUUUAUGAAGUGGGUUGAGGCACCUGCUCCUAUGGGUGGCGGCGGUGGUCCAAACUGGUGUGCAAAGCAUAUCAAAGCAGUAAUGAAUAUUGGCGGACCUUUCUUAGGUCUUCCAAAAGCAGUUACUGGACUGUUCUCGGCUGAAGCCAGAGAUGUUGCUGUUGCUAGGGCUAUGGCACCUGGGGUGUUAGGAUCUGACUUCCUUGGGCUUCAUACUUUGCAGCAUAUCAUGCGUAUGACACGUACAUGGGAUUCAACUAUGUCUAUGAUUCCAAAAGGCGGUGAGACAAUUUGGGGAGAUCUAGAUUGGUCUCCCGAAGAGGGCUUUGCUUGCAGCUCCAAGAAGUCAAAAAACAACGACUCUGAUGUUUCUCAGGGUGACAAUACAAAUAAUAGGGAAUUUCAGUCACAAGUUGUGAACUUUGGGAGAAUGAUUUCUUUCGGAAAAGAUGUUGCUGAGGCAUCCUCCAAAAUUGAGAGGAUGGAUUUUCGGGAUGCUGUGAAAGGCUACAGCUAUGCCCACUUAAAUGUGUCAUGCAGUGAUAUUUGGACAGAGUACCAUGAAUUGGGAUGGGGCGGAAUUAAGGCCGUGGCCGAUUACAAAGUGCAUACGGCUGGUUCUAUUCUAGAUCUUCUUCAAUUUGUCGCUCCAAAGAUGAUGAACCGUGGAAACGCUCACUUCUCAUACGGAAUCGCUGAUAACUUGGAUGACCCAAAGUACAACCACUACAAAUAUUGGUCGAACCCCCUGGAAACAAAAUUGCCAAAUGCCCCUGAAAUGGAGAUAUUCUCUUUAUACGGGGUCGGCAUUCCUACAGAAAGAGCGUACGUGUACAAAGUAUCACGCUCGACCGAGUGCCACAUCCCUUUCCAGAUCGACACAUCAGCCAACGGCGAGCACAAGGGCAGCUGCUUACGCGACGGCGUCUACUUGUCCAACGGGGAUGAGACCGUGCCAGCUCUGAGCGCGGGCUUCAUGUGCGCGAAGGGAUGGCGGGGGAGAACCCGGUUCAAUCCUUCCGGCAUAAAGACUUACAUAAGGGAGUACAAUCAUGCCCCGCCCGCGAAUCUCCUCGAAGGGCGGGGGACGCAGAGCGGGGCACACGUCGACAUAAUGGGAAACUUCGCGUUGAUAGAGGAUAUCAUUAGAGUGGCGGCGGGCGCCACCGGAGAGGACCUGGGCGGCGAUCGGGUUUAUUCUGAUAUAUUCAAAUGGUCCGAGAAGAUCAAUCUAAAGUUGUGACACAAUGGAUAUGUUUUUCCACAUCUUUUUUCGAUUGUAUACAUGUAAUUCAAAGUAAUAACAACAUAUUAGGGCAUGCAAUAAUGUUAUUUAUUAUUAAUCAAACCAUGCUUACAUCCGCAUGAAUAACAACAACAAAGUUCACUUGAAA